UCGCUAGUGGAUGGUGCGGCAGGAGCAGCAAAGAGAGCGCAGUCUCCGGGAGGGCUUCGGCAGACCGUUAGGCUGUUCACAUCGUCUUCAGACAUGGCAAAGGAAGGGACUGAGAUUGCUGAAGAGACCGAGCAAAUGAUGGAGCCGGAUAAUCCCGUUUGUGCGGUUGUAGAUUCAAAAGAAAUGCGGGCUGUGGUGCUGACGGGCUUUGGUGGUAUAAACAAACUCAAAGUCACCAAGAAACCAAUGCCAGAGCCUCAAGGAGGAGAAGUCAAAAUUCGCGUGAAAGCAUGUGGGCUGAACUUUCUUGAUCUAAUGGUGCGUCAAGGAAAUAUUGAUAAUCCUCCAAAAACGCCUCUUGUGCCUGGAUUUGAGUGUUCUGGGAUUGUAGAGUCUGUGGGAGAAAACACCAAAGGCUUUGAGAUAGGUGACAGAGUGAUGGCCUUUGUAAACUACAGUGCUUGGGCAGAGGUGGUGUGCACACCGUUGGAUUUCGUGCAUAAGAUCCCAGACGACAUGACAUUCCCAGAGGCGGCUGCCUUCUCUAUGAACUUUGUGGCUGCCUACAUGAUGCUGUUUGAAGUGGCCAAUCUCCGGGAGGGGAUGUCUGUAUUAGUUCACUCCGCAGGAGGUGCGGUGGGUCAAGCAGUCGCUCAACUUUGUUCCACUGUCCCAAAUGUCACUGUGUUUGGGACCGCCUCACCCUUCAAGCACGAAGCCAUAAAGCAUUCAGUCACUCAUCUGUUUGACAGAAACAUCGACUACGUUCCGGAAGUUAAGAAGAUAUCUCCAGAUGGAGUAGAUAUUGUACUGGACUGUUUGUGUGGAGAGAACACAGGAAAAGGCCUAACUCUGCUCAAGCCCAUGGGAACGUACAUCCUGUAUGGUUCAUCAAACAUGGUGACAGGAGAGACAAAAAGUUUCUUCAGUUUUGCUAAAUCUUGGUGGCAGGUUGAGAAGGUGAACCCUAUCAAACUCUAUGAGGAGAAUAAAGUCAUAGCCGGAUUCUCGCUCCUGAACCUCCUCUUCAAGCAGGGAGGGUGCAACCAAGUCAAAACAGCGGUGCAAAAACUUCUUUCCCUUUACGACCAAAAGAAGAUCAAGCCUGUUGUGGAUUCCUUAUGGGCGCUUGAGGAGGUGAAGGAAGCCAUGCAGAGAAUCCAUGACAGAGGAAACAUAGGGAAGCUGAUUUUGGAUGUGGAAAAGUCUCCCACGCCUUUGAUGGCCAAUGACAGCACAGAGACCAGUGAGGCAGGUGAGGAAGAAGAGGAGCAAGAGGGAGACAAUGACAACAAAGAGCGAAUGCCCUUCAUUCAGUGAAGCCAGACUCAUCCAGAGACUUGUUCGGUCUGUUGUUUGUGUGUAUCUUUGCCAGUUUUGGACAAUGCAGUCAAAAAUACUCCAAAACACUAAGUGUGUUGUUAAAUGUUCGACUGAAGUGCCAUUCUUAGUGCGGUGUUGAAUUGUUGCAGUGUUUUAGACCAAAACGUUACUGUAGGAUUGCCUUUUCAUGAACGCCUUUUGCAGCCUUUCGGAUGUUUUAUUUGGCUCCGUCAGUCAGUGGAUUGACAGAUGACUGCAGUCAACGUCCAAAAUUAAUGCUUGCCAAGAGACAAAUGGAAGUCAAAAUUGGUUUUGGCAAGUAAAUUAAACGCAGCAGUGGCUGGAAACAUUAUAAGGAACUGCAAUUUAAUACAUGGUGUAGGUCUAACAGUAGGAUAUAAGUGACUUUAAGUCUUCAGAUGUCAUACAGGUUUGGAAUGACAUGAGGGUGAGUAAAUAAUGCCUACAUAAAACCAUUUUAUCCAUAAGGACAAAACUGGAUUUUUACAAAAGCAUUUUUAUUCAAUCGAAAUAAUACUAUAAAUGAUCUCAAUUCAUUGUGCAGGUGUGGCAGGUUAAUUUUGGACACCGUUGCAGUGCUUCUGAUGCAUUUGUGUGUGUGAAAUGUUUCCUGACAGUUCUGGAGGUGAGUGAGAGUGUGAGACUGUGUGUUUAUGACUGAAACUGGCAAAGAAAGGUAAAGGCAGAAUUUGGCUGGAGCUUCUUGUUGUCAUGUAGGUGAUUGUUUGGGUCGCACAUUUUUAGUGUGGCACUGUUUUUCUGCUCCGAGCAUCUACGUUACUCUUGGUACAUCUCCGAUCACAUUAUUUAAGCCUUUAGAAAGACAUUUAAAUGAGUUGUCAUGAUCAGCUACUAUAUGUAAUAUACCCCUACAGUAUUAUGCAUGCUCCUUAAAGAAAGAACUCACCUCAAAAUUGAAAUUCUGUCAUCAUUUACUCACCCUCAUGUCAUUCCAGACCCGCAUGACUUUCUUACUUCUAUGGAACAGAAAUGGAGAUAUUUCGCAGAUUGUUCAUGCUGCUCUUUUCCAUACAGUGGCCCAGGGGGUGAGUAAACAAUGACACGGAUGCUUUUGUUUUGGAUGAACUGUCUCAGUAAAUCACCAGUAAAUGUUCUGAUGUUAAGGUCAAAGCCAAGUAUCAUCAAACUAGUAACCAACAACAACAACAAAAAAUAAAUAAAUAAAUAAAUAAAAUAAUUCUUAGUGCCUUUUGUCGCAUAUCUGCACUGAGGACCAGAAGGCUUGUCAAUGUUUGUUUUUCUUU